GCCGAAUCGGAGGAGCUCCACUUUUUUUGGCUUUAUUUAUUUCCCUUGAAUUUAGGCAGAUUUCUGUUUUCCAGUCUCCACCUACCACUCUACCUACCCUCUCUAUUACUUCAUAUAGUUGUUUGUUUGAUCCAACCAUCCUGGGCGACAGGACUCUUCCCAAAUCAAUCAACCAAAUUUGGGUUCUCGUCAUACUUUACAGUUUCGGAUUGAUAGUUUUGGGAUUGUGUCCUGCUCGGCGAUAAGACUUUUUCUGCCCAGAAAUCAAUCUGAAUUUGUUUACUUCAUAGUUUUGUUUUGAAUUGAUAGUUUUGGAUUGUGGUUUUAGCGAGGAGACAUGUCUGCGGCUUUGGGUCCGAACUCAGUUUUGCACAGCCGUGACCUUGUAGUGCCGUCCCCGGCCAGGGGUCUGUUGAACCGGUUGGGACGGCUGCCAAUAGGAGGAGCUGGAAGAGCUGCCUCUACUGCUAAGAGGGCGAAUUGUUCUCUGUCCAAAGGACACCGUAGUUUAGCGGAAAAGAGGAUUUAUGGGACGAAGCUCCGAUCUUUGGGCUCUGAAAGUUUGCAUCUUUGGCAAUCGGAUCGGCUCGGCAGAGCUUCCAAGCAGCGAAUUGUUGUGCGUUCCUCGUUCUCUCAGGUUCCCGAGAAGCCGCUCGGUCUCUAUGAUCCCGCCUACGAUAAGGACUCGUGCGGGGUGGGAUUUAUUGCUGAGCUUUCCGGUCAAAGCAGCCGCAAGACGGUGACAGAUGCAAUUGAGAUGUUGGUGCGAAUGUCUCACCGAGGCGCGUGUGGUUGUGAGACGAAUACCGGUGACGGCGCUGGCAUUCUUGUGGAUCUUCCCCAUGACUUUUACAAGGAGGUUGUGAAGGAUGUUGGGUUUGAGCUACCCGCACCUGGACAGUACGCAGUGGGCAUGUUCUUCAUGCCCACUGAUGAUGUGCGAAGAGAGAAAAGUAAAAGUAUAUUUACAACGGUAGCUGAUUUACUUGGCCAUAAAAUCAUUGGAUGGAGACGUGUCCCAAGAAAUAAUUCAGGACUGGGAAACUCUGCUUUGAAGACAGAGCCUAUCAUUGAGCAAGUAUUUGUUACUGAAACUCCCCGGUCCAAGGUUGAUUUUGAGCGACAGAUGUACAUAUUACGGAGAGUUUCUAUGCUAGCAAUUCGAGCUUCUUUGAACCUCCAACAUGGUGACCAUAAAGAUUUCUAUAUAUGUUCUCUUUCGUCAAGGACUGUUGUCUACAAAGGCCAGUUAAAGCCUGAUCAAUUGCAGGAAUACUACUAUGCAGAUCUUGGCAAUGAAAGCAUUGGAUCACAAUCCUAACUGGAAGAAAUGCAAGGUUGAGAAAAUGACUUCUGAGGCAUUGAAGCAUGUAUGAUCUCUUAAGUUCUUCCACUUGAUCAGUGUUUGAGUUGGAUUCUUGGUUCAGUCGGUUCAUUCUAGGUUCUCAACGAAUACUUUUCCUAGUUGGGAUCGUGCUCAACCCAUGCGUGUCUUGGGUCACAAUGGGGAAAUUAAUACACUCCGUGGCAAUGUAAAUUGGAUGAAGGCUCGUGAGGGUCUCCUUAAGUGCAAGCAGCUUGGCCUUUCUAAGUCAGAGAUGACGAAGAUUUUACCUAUUGUUGAUGCUAGUUCCUCUGAUUCAGGAGCGUUUGAUGGUGUACUUGAACUCUUAGUUCGUGCUGGUAGAAGUCUACCUGAAGCUGUGAUGAUGAUGAUUCCUGAAGCCUGGCAAAAUGAUAAGAACAUGGAUCCUGAAAGGAAGGCUUUAUAUGAAUACUUCUCAGCUCUCAUGGAACCUUGGGAUGGGCCUGCCCUUAUUGCAUUUACUGAUGGACGCUACCUUGGAGCAACAUUGGAUCGCAAUGGACUUCGGCCUGGCCGGUUUUAUGUCACACACAGCGGCCGAGUUGUAAUGGCAAGUGAAGUUGGUGUAGUUGAUGUUGCACCUGAGGAUGUGAGUAGAAAAGGAAGGCUCAAUCCUGGAAUGAUGCUUCUUGUGGAUUUUGAUAACCAUGUUGUUGUGGAUGAUGAUGCUCUGAAACAACAAUAUUCUCUUGCUAGACCUUAUGGGGAGUGGCUUGCAAGGCAAACUAUACAAUUGAAAGACAUAGUUGAGUCUGUAAAAGAAUCUGACAGGACGCCUCCACUAAUUGCAGGAGUUUUACCAGCAUCCAAUGAUGAUGAUAACAUGGAAAACAUGGGCAUUCAGGGUUUAUUGGCUCCAUUAAAGGCCUUUGGCUACACUGUCGAGGCCUUGGAAAUGUUGCUACUCCCUAUGGCAAAGGAUGGGGUUGAAGCUCUUGGUUCUAUGGGUAACGAUGCUCCACUUGCUGUGAUGUCCAACAGGGAGAAACUCUUAUAUGACUAUUUCAAGCAGAUGUUUGCUCAGGUUACAAAUCCACCAAUUGAUCCUAUUAGGGAAAAAAUUGUCACUUCCAUGGAGUGUAUGGUUGGUCCAGAAGGAGAUCUCACGGAGACGACCGAAGAGCAGUGUCACCGCCUCUCACUCAAAAGUCCUCUCUUGAGCAUUGAAGAGAUGGAAGCCAUUAAAAAGACGAACUACAGAGGCUGGAAAAGCAAGGUUAUUGAUAUCACCUAUCCUAAAGAACAUGGUAGUAAGGGUUUAAAGAAGACGUUAGAUAGGAUCUGUUCUGAAGCACAUGAAGCGAUCAACGAGGGUUAUUCUACACUCGUGCUUUCUGACAGAGCUUUCUCGCCCAACCGUAUUGCUGUGAGCUCCUUGCUGGCUGCUGGGGCGGUACAUCAACAUCUGGUUAAAAAUCUCGAGCGUACUCGUGUUGCACUGGUUGUUGAAUCAGCUGAACCCCGUGAGGUGCACCAUUUUUGCACACUUGUAGGUUUUGGAGUGGAUGCCAUCUGCCCUUAUUUGGCGACAGAAGCUAUAUUGAGGCUACAGGUUGAUGGAAAGAUCCCACCAAAGGCAACCGGUGAGUUCCAUACCAAGGAUGAGCUUAUUAAGAAGUAUUUCGAAGCAAGCACGUAUGGGAUGAUGAAGGUUCUUGCUAAAAUGGGCAUUUCAACUUUGGCCUCAUACAAAGGUGCUCAAAUUUUUGAGGCUGUGGGCCUUUCAUCAGAAGUAAUGGUGCGGUGCUUUGCUGGAACUCCAAGCAGAGUUGAGGGUGCCACUUUUGAAGCACUUGCACAAGAUGCAAUUAAGUUUCAUGAACUGGCAUUUCCUUCACGUUCUCUCCCUGCCGGAAGUUCAGAGGCUGUAGCACUCCCUAACCCCGGUGAUUAUCACUGGAGAAAAGGCGGUGAGAUUCAUCUCAACGAUCCCCUUGCUAUAGCCAAAUUACAGGAAGCUGCCAGAUCCAACAGUGUGGCUGCCUACAAGGAAUACUCCAAGCGUGUCCAAGAAUUAAACCAACAAUGUAAUUUAAGGGGUCUUUUGAAGUUCAAAGAGACAGGAGUGAGAAUUCCUCUGGAGGAAGUUGAGCCGCCUACUGAGAUAGUAAAGCGUUUCUGCACUGGAGCUAUGAGUUAUGGGUCGAUAUCACUGGAAGCUCAUACAACCCUUGCUAUUGCAAUGAACAGAAUUGGGGGGAAAUCAAACACAGGUGAGGGAGGUGAACAGCCGUCUCGCAUGGAGCCUCUUCUGGAUGGAUCCAGCAACCCUAAAAGAAGUGCAAUUAAGCAGGUUGCAAGUGGAAGAUUUGGAGUCACAAGUUAUUAUCUCACAAAUGCUGAUGAAUUACAAAUAAAAAUGGCCCAGGGAGCAAAACCUGGAGAGGGUGGUGAACUUCCUGGACACAAGGUCAUUGGUGACAUUGCUGUCACUAGGAACUCCACUUCUGGGGUAGGACUAAUUAGUCCUCCUCCCCACCAUGAUAUAUACUCUAUUGAAGAUCUUGCCCAAUUGAUUCACGAUCUUAAGAAUGCAAACCCAGGGGCUCGAGUAAGUGUGAAACUAGUUUCUGAAGCUGGUGUUGGGGUGAUUGCAAGUGGUGUUGUGAAAGGGCAUGCUGAUCAUGUUUUGAUCUCUGGUCAUGAUGGUGGUACAGGUGCAUCAAGAUGGACUGGAAUCAAGAGUGCUGGACUUCCAUGGGAACUUGGUCUUGCUGAGACUCAUCAGACUUUAGUUGCGAAUGACCUUCGAGGCCGAACCACUCUGCAGACAGAUGGGCAGUUAAAAACCGGAAGGGAUGUGGCUAUUGCUGCACUUCUGGGUGCAGAGGAGUUUGGUUUCAGCACUGCACCUUUAAUAACACUAGGAUGCAUCAUGAUGCGAAAAUGCCAUAAAAACACUUGUCCUGUGGGGAUUGCGACUCAAGAUCCUGUUCUUCGGGAAAAGUUUGCUGGAGAACCAGAACAUGUUAUAAAUUUCUUCUUCAUGCUAGCAGAAGAGGUAAGGGAAAUCAUGUCCUCUCUUGGUUUUCGAACACUCAAGGAAAUGGUUGGCCGUUCUGACAUGCUUGAGCUAGAUGAAGAUUUAGUCAAGAACAAUGAGAAGCUGAAGAACAUUGAUCUCUCUUUGCUACUCCGACCUGCUGCUGACAUCCGAUCAGAUGCUGCUCAAUACUGUGUGCAGAAGCAAGAUCAUGGUUUGGAAAUGGCUUUAGAUAACACAUUAAUAGAAUUGUCCAAAGCUGCUUUAGAGAGAAGCCUUCCUGUAUACAUUGAAACUCCGAUCUGCAAUGUCAACCGGACAGUUGGCACCAUGCUUAGUCAUGAAGUAACAAAGCGUUAUCACAUGAGUGGGCUGCCCACUGACACAAUUCACAUCAAACUCAGCGGAAGUGCAGGACAGAGUCUUGGAGCUUUUCUGUGCCCUGGAAUAACCCUUGAGCUUGAAGGAGAUAGCAAUGACUAUGUGGGGAAAGGGCUUUCAGGUGGAAAGAUUGUUGUUUAUCCUCCAAAACAAAGCACGUUUGACCCAAAAGAGAAUAUUGUAAUCGGAAACGUUGCACUGUAUGGGGCAACAAGUGGGGAGGCUUAUUUUAAUGGAAUGGCAGCAGAAAGAUUCUGUGUCCGUAAUUCAGGGGCUAAGGCUGUAGUAGAGGGUGUUGGUGAUCACGGAUGUGAAUACAUGACAGGCGGAACAGUAGUUGUGCUUGGAAAAACUGGACGAAACUUUGCUGCUGGAAUGAGUGGGGGCAUCGCAUAUGUACUUGAUGCAGAUUCCAAGUUCAGGUCACGCUGCAACACUGAGUUAGUAGACCUUGAUAGAGUCGAAGAUGAAGAUGAUAUUAUGACAGUUAAGAUGAUGAUUCAGCAACACCAACGUCAUACAAACAGCAAAGUUGCAAAAGAAGUUCUUGCUGAUUUUGACAAUGUUUUGCCCAAGUUCAUCAAGGUCUUCCCUAGAGAGUAUAAGCGGGUCCUUACAAGCAUGAAAGAAUCUGAAGCUAGCAAAAAGGCUGUGGAAUCUGCAGCCAAUGAAGCUAAGGAGCACGAUGAAAAAGAAUUGAGGGAGAUCGAUGCUUUUGAAGAGUUGAAGAAAUUGGCGGCUGCGUCCUCUAAUGGGAAACUUGACCAGGAUGAGGAAGUCAAAUCUGUGAAGAGACCAACCAAAGUUGAUGAGGCAGUCAAACAUCGGGGUUUUGUUAACUAUGAGCGAGAAGGAGUUUCAUAUAGGGACCCAAACGUUCGCUUAAGAGACUGGAAAGAAGUCAUGGAAGAGACUAAACCUGGCCCACUUUUGAAUACACAGUCGGCACGCUGUAUGGACUGUGGUACUCCUUUUUGCCACCAGGAAAACUCUGGCUGUCCUCUAGGAAAUAAAAUACCCGAAUUCAAUGAACUGGUGUAUCAAAAUAGAUGGCGUGAAGCACUCCAUAGGCUUCUAGAGACUAAUAACUUUCCAGAGUUCACGGGUCGUGUGUGUCCUGCUCCUUGCGAGGGAUCAUGUGUACUUGGUAUCAUAGAAAACCCAGUCUCUAUCAAAAGCAUUGAAUGUGCUAUCAUUGACAAGGGUUUUGAGGAGGGCUGGAUGGUGCCACGACCUCCUGAAAAGAGAACGGGAAAACAAGUUGCUGUUAUUGGAAGUGGACCAGCUGGUCUGGCUGCUGCUGAUCAGCUGAACAAAAAAGGUCAUACUGUGACAGUUUUUGAGCGCUCCGAUCGGAUAGGUGGUCUUAUGAUGUAUGGAGUGCCCAACAUGAAGGCUGAUAAAACUGAUAUAGUUCAGAGACGGGUAGAUCUAAUGGAGAAGGAAGGUAUUAACUUUGUCGUCAAUGCUAAUGUGGGGAAAGAUCCUCUGUUCUCCCUUGACCGGCUUCAGGAGGAGCAUGAUGCAAUUGUUUUAGCAAUAGGAUCCACAAAACCUAGGGACCUUCCUGUUCCUGGCCGUGAAUUGUCUGGAGUUCAUUUCGCUAUGGAGUUCCUUCAUGCUAACACUAAAAGCUUGCUUGAUAGCAAUCUUGAGGAUGGUAAUUACAUUUCUGCCAAAGACAAAAAGGUGGUAGUUAUUGGGGGUGGUGACACCGGCACGGAUUGUAUAGGGACUUCUAUUCGACAUGGCUGCAGCAGUGUAGUGAACCUAGAGCUUCUUCCCCAACCUCCGAUGUCUAGGGCUGCAAGCAAUCCUUGGCCCCAGUGGCCUCGGGUGUUUCGAGUUGAUUAUGGACAUCAAGAGGCUGCUACAAAAUUUGGCAAGGAUCCAAGGUCUUAUGAGGUGCUAACAAAGCGGUUUAUCGGAGAUGAAAAUGGUGUGGUGAAAGGUCUUGAAGUUGUUCAUGUGAAAUGGGAGAAGGAUGCAACAGGGAAAUUUAAUUUCGUGGAAAUCAAAGGUUCUGAGGAAAUCAUUGAAGCGGAUAUAGUUUUGCUUGCGAUGGGUUUCCUUGGCCCUGAAUCUACCAUAGCUGACCAACUGGGCGUGGAGAAAGAUAACAGAUCGAACUUAAAAGCUGAAUAUGGACGCUUUGCCACAAAUGUGGAAGGUGUGUUUGCAGCAGGGGACUGCCGUAGAGGCCAGUCUCUAGUGGUGUGGGCCAUCUCAGAGGGGCGACAAGCGGCUGCACAAGUUGACUGUUACCUCAUGCGAGAUGAAGAUGACUCUAUUUGUAGCACUGCUGGGCUGAAUCGGAGAUUUUGUCAAGCAGCAGCAAGGUAGGAGGAAAAGACAUCUUUCAUGUUUGAAAUAUAGGAGGAAUUAGUGAUUGGUUUUUUUUUUUUUAUUGUGUGCAUUCGAUUGGAUGGUAAUGUUUUUGUUAUGUUAGGUCGUUUUCUGGUUAUAUUUCGUUAUAGUUAAUGAUGCCUGUUGGUUUGAAGGAGCAGCAAGGCAUAGCAGCAAAGAUGUAUAGUUUUGUUAUUAAAUAAUUCAUUCACAUCUCAGUGAUGAUGAAUGUUGGAUGACAAUAAGUUAUAGAUGGCAUCUCAUAUUUUUUGCA